GAUUCUCUCAAUCAUCUACAUUAUCUUUUAAUUUAUAUCUGGUGGGUGUUUGUCCAGAUUCCUCUCGGUUCUCAAUUCAAUUGAUUCUUUUUCUUUUGGCAUUACUAGCGCAAUUUCAUUAUGUUUAAUUGAAAAUUUCAGAUUCUCCCUGGUGGAAUUCGCACUGUAGACAUGGCUCCGAUAACCUUUCCUAUUUUAUCCUCUCGUUCGCUUCCAAACAAAAUCGCAAACUCCACAUCCUCAAUCAUAAAACUUGUCACCCAAUCUUCUGCUGCAUUUUCUGCUCACGCCCCUUCUCUUGCCCCGGUUCCCCCUUCCUCAACACUACCUUCAAAAUCUCCAAUCUCGACUGCGUUCCCCGACCUAUUCCGUGAACAAUCCUCCACUAUCAUAGUUGAUGCCCCCACCACUACUUACGCGUCCUAUAUCGAACUAAACGAUAAUGCGUUUACUUCUGAACCUACUGCCCUCUCCGAUUCGACUUCAAUCGGUGAUUCAUAUGAAAUUAAGACGCAGGCACCUCAACCCAACAAUAGUGGUAGAGAUAUCGGAAUAGUAAUUGGGUGUAUCAUUGGUGUAUUGAUACUGGGACUGAUAGGUUGGAUAUACAUGAUGAAGGCGAAACGCAAUCCAAAGAAGAGGAGAAAAGGGAAGGGAAAGGAGAAGGAGGUUGUGCAGGAAACGGUGAAGGUCAGGGUGAAGGCGAACAAGAGAAAGCACAGGAAACAUAAGAAGCAUAGAAAAACAGAAGCGGAAACAGCAGGAGGCUCCGGGGGAGAAGCACCGGCUGCUGAAGGUGCUUAGAUGACAUUGCACAGGGAUGGCAGCUAUGCUAUUCUGCGGAAGUUAGUUUGGCGAAUUGGGUUGUAUAAGCUCGAUGUUUGAGCUCAUGUUGAGCCAUAAUUAUACAUUGGAGUGGUGGAUUGGGCAAAAGCAAGCUCUAUGCAAGUUCAGCUCAUAAGUAAGAAUGAAACUGGGGGUUAAGAGAAACCGCGAUUGAACGAUAGUUAGUUCUAAUGGGCAGGGUACGAAAUGAUCGGGGGCUUUGGAGCACGAAGUGUUCAAUCAGACAAAUGAGUUUCGACAUAUCAAUAGUACAUAACCCAAGUUUACAUCUAGAUCAAUUGAGCUGCCUCGUUUAUUACCAAUAUUGUAGUCAGUCAAGGGACAUGCUUCACAACCCGUGCUUCUGCAGGAUAUUGCACUAGACACUCGGCUUGCCACAUCAGGCAAUAUGCCAAGAAAUUAUUACUAUACGUACCGGGGCA